AUGGAGUUCCUGGGGACUACACAGCUAGCCAGUUACUGUGGCCCCAAGAAGAGCUGCCUGCUCCCAGAUAUAGCUCCCACCACCACCACCACCAAGGACGCCUACCAGGCCUACUACCUUCCAGGCUACCGCCAUCUGAGCACCUGGCGGCCUGGUCUGUUCCGCAAGGUGGUUUCUGCACCUCCCAGUGAUGACAGAGGGCAAUUUAACCCCAGCAGACGGCCACCCACCGUCCUGCCUGAAUUGUGCUCCAGCCUGCAUGCCCGCUACAGCACUCGUGACUGGCACCAUGCUAACAUGGUCCAGUUAAAAGGCUCCGAAGUCUCCAGGUGCUGUGCUAGUAGAAUGAAUGUGGAUUCAGUGAGACUGAUGAAAGACAAGGAUCAACUGACUUACCAGAUGCAAGAAGACAGCCAAAGAAAUCUGGGGGAGAGAAUCUCCAACAUUGAUUACUGGCAAUCUGAGCUCACGUAUGAGCUAGAGUGUCUGCUGAAAGAGAACCAAGCCUUGGAAACAAUGAAGAAGCGUCUGGAAUGUGCUGUGGAUGAAUUGCAAGGACCACUGAAGGUAGCCCUAGAAUGCUUGUACCACCGUGAGAAGAGAAAGGGUAUCGACUUAGUUCAUGAUGAUGUGGAAAAGAACCUCAUAAAGGAAACUGAUGUAUUCAAGGAAUCCCAAGAAAUACUGAAAAAAUUUGCAGAGAAAAUCAGUCAACAGCUGGGCAUCAACAGAGAUGCACAGCAUGCCCUGGAGCAGGAUCUUUCUGACAAGAACUCAGCCCAUUUUAUUGAUGAGAAAUGUUUUAACCUGAGGAAAACAUCAGACAGCAUCAGCUUUUACUAUGGAGUGGAAAAAGCAGAUAAGACUGUUUCAGUUCCUGCAACAUGGGCUAAAUUCAGUGAAGACAAUAUCAGGUACUCUCAGCAUGCCAGGGCCAACUCUAUCAAGCUGCGGGAGGAUGCGGAGGUUACACUGGAGAGCACCUCUGAAGAGAUGUGGAAUCAGUUCAACAGUACCAAUCUGGCCUUUAAUAAGCGGAUUGCUCAAGUGGCUGAUGCAAAGAACAAACUCCAAACACAACUGGCCAGGGUACUUCAGGAAAUCUUUCAGACUGAAGAUACAAUCAUGUUAUUGGAGAGAUCCAUAAAGGCAAAGGAGUAUCCACUGAAAGUGGCUCAAACCCGCCUGGAAGCACGAACCAAACGACCCAACAUAGAACUCUGCCGUGAUGCACCUCAGUUUCAGCUUGUGACUGAAGUUUAUACUAUAGAUGACACCAUACAGACCUUAAAGCAACGUCUGCAAGAAGCUCGUGAUACUCUGCACGUGCUGAUGGUCAACAAAUCAAACCUGGAACAUGACAUUGCUGUGAAGGCAAACUCCCUCUACAUUGACAAGAAGUGCAUGAACAUGCGCAAUGUCUUCCCCAGCACCCCCCGACUCAUUGGUUACACUUGAGUUGUAACCUUUAAUAACAUAAAAGUUGCAAAGGUGCAAAUAU